AUUAAUAGUUUUCUGUCCCUCCAUUGACUCAUAAGUUUGAAAGGACCGGCGAGGAAGUGAGAUUUUAACACUGAGUUUUGUAUCCUGCUCUGAUCGUUGAACAAAGACAGCGAUAUGGCUCGUAUGGCAAAAAUUAAGAAGAAGAUGUUAAAAUUUGAGGACAUUGAUGAUGAAGCAUCUAGGGAAUCAGAACUGACCAAAUCUGGAAGGGUAAGCACAACAGCACCAGAUCUACUUGCACUUCCUGGUGGUACAUAUGUGAGGAAGAAAUCGACGAAACUUCGAGAAAUGGAGGAGUUUGAAGAAAUUGAAAAGAAGCAGACGACCACCAAAAAAGUGCCAACAGAACCCCUAAAGAAAGGAAAGAGUCAGCUUGGAGGUACCCCUUCAACAUCCCCUGUCAGUCCAAAAAAGAUGAAACCUUCCAAAUCGAAAGAACUUGGCCAAACUGGUUCUGUGAUUUCCCCGAAAAGCUCUGAUGAAACCUCUCCGAAGGGCAGCGUCAUCAAAUUCCUGCUGAGUUCACCAAUGCAGCCAGCCACUCCAUCGCUGCUGGGCAGCAGCGUUGGUCACUCAUCUUCAAAGGGCAAAGAUAAGUCUGAAACAAGCUUGCUGACCGAGCAUAUUUCCCUGGUGAAGAAAACCCCUAAAUCAAGCAAGUCGAAAGCAGCCGACAACAUCGCUCUUUUGAAGUCCCUCACCAGUACUUCAUCUGGCAAGUCAGCGAGAAAGAAGGGCGAACAGGACCUGAAGUUCCGACUGAUGGUCGGAUCGGGUUCCUUGCUGUCGUCAGCAUCCAGUACUGUAAGUGCUUCAAAUACAAGCUCCACUACGAGUCCAAAACUGUCUGGGGAUGCUUCCACAACAAUUCAUUCAGACAGCGGAGGUUCGAAGGAUGGCAGUUUGAAGAUGAAAUUCAUUCUGUCCCCUAAGGACAAAAGUUCUGUCAAGUCUUUGAGCAGUGGCGGCGCUGCGAGUAGUGGAAGUGACAAGAAGAAAUCUUCAGAUAACCAUGUCCCAACAAUUCCAAAGACCAUCGUUGAGGCCAAGUCGCUAUCAAGCAGCAGCAAAACGUCCAUCGCCACAAUCCCUUCCAUAAUUCCAAUACCCGUGCCAAAGGUGGUCCCUAUUCCAAAGCCAGUGCCCACAACAGGAACAAGGAAAGUGGCAGUCACCAAGUCAAUAGUCAUCCCAAAACUGAACCCAAGCCCCCGCGUGAUCUCAACGCCGGCUCCGAAGACCAUUCCCGGCACAAAAGUGAUCCCUGACACAAAGGAGCUUCCAAAAGUGAAGCCCAUUGACAAACCUGUUGCCGAGGUAAAGACCAUACCGAUCCCCAUCCCCACCACCUUGACGACCACUUCUUCAAGUAGCAGCUCCCUCGUGAAGCCUGUUGAUACCAACAUCAAAGUUGUCCCCGUCCCAAAGGCUUCGUUGCCCCCAACGAAAAUCAUUACUGUUAAGAAGACUGUGAGCGCGAAAGGGAGCUCAGCUCAGAGCAAGUCUACAGGAGGGACCCCUGUGAGUGGUAAACAGAAAGGUUCCACAACAAAGAGUUCAGCAACCCCAAAGUCAUCCACUGGUUUAUCGACAAAAUCCCCGUCGUCUUCCUCAUCAUCAUCAUCAUCAUCUACAGCAGCAGCAGCAUCAUCAGCACAGCCACAAGCCCCACAACAACAACAACCAGCAUCAUCAUCAUCCUCAUCAUCAUCAUCAUCAUCAAAGCCACAAUCCCUUCUCCCCCCAAUAAAGAAAGCCAUGUCAUCUUUAUCGUCAGCAACAUCACUAUUUCUGUCAUCAUCAUCAUCGCUAGAUGUGCCCGAAAAGAAGACAAAGAAAGUGAAGAAGAAAAAGAACAGUGCUGCCCUCGCGUCAGCAAAGGCCGGUGCUGCCACGACGACACCGGCGGUCAAAGGCGGCCAGACCGGCUCUGUGAAGGCGACAAGUGGCGGAGGCACACAAAAGUCUCCAGCUCAUGCCUCCGGGACAGUGAAGGUCAAGGCCAAAGCAGAGACCACUGACCUCAGUAAAUACGACUUCACUGAUGAACCGAGCCUGGUGAUUGCGGAACAGCAGGGCUCGAGUUCAAAGCACGCAGCAACACCGAAAACAAAGAAGUCCAGCUCAGGGACCAGUGCCAGCUCUGGUGGAAGUAGCGGCAAAAGUUCCAGCAAGAAAGCCAAGGUGGACGUUGACCAGACAAAAACAAAACAGAAAGAUGAAGUUCCAGCUCUAAUGCCAACACUUGGUGCUGCUUUAGUCGGAAAUCAAAAUGCAUUAGCAAGUCCCCCCUCGAAAACGAAACAGUCUUCUGAUAAAAAAUCUAAGAAAUCUAAGAAGUCAUCAGAGAAAGAAGAUCCCACUGCUGCUAAGCCUGCCAAGAAGCGCCGAGCCCUUACCGCCUACAUGCUCUGGUGUAAUAGCUACAGAAACAAGGUCCUCUCAGAAAACCCUAAACUCGAUUUUGCUCAAAUUAGUCGAAGGCUUGGAGAAAUAUGGCAAAGCCUGUCUGAAAAAGAGAAGCUGGUGAGAUCAUUAUUAUUAUUAUUAUUGUUAUUAUUAUUAAUAUGGUGGCAAACUGGCAGAAUCAUUAGCACGCCAGGCGAAAUCCUUCCCAGUAUUUCGCCCGUCUUUAUAUAUAUUCUGAGUUCAAGUGUUGUCGAGGUCGACUUUGCCUUUUAUUCUUUCAGGGUCGAUAAAUUAAGUACCAGUUGCAUACUGGGGUCGAUCUAAUCGACUGGCCCCCUCCCCCAAAAUUUCAGGCCUUGUGCCUAUAGUAGAAAGGAUUAUUAUCAUUAUUAUUAUUAUUAUUAUUAUUAUUAUUAUUAUUUUCCUCCUAAAUCGGUGAGCUGGCAGAACUCAGAACUGUUAACACACUGGACAAAUAUACUUAGUGGCAUUUCAUCUGUCUUAUGUUCUGGGUUCAAAUUCCACCAAGGUCAACUUUGCCUAUCAUUCUUUCAGGAUCAAUAAAAUAAGUACCAGUCAUGUCCUGGGGAUCAAUGUAACUUUACCCCACUAAAUUCCUAAGAAAGCAGCACAUGCCAUCAAAAUGAUGCUGGGGUACAAAUAUAGAAAGCCCAUUAUACCCAUCAUGACUACCCAUCUGACUUGGCAUAACCUCAUCAGAUGGGUAUAAUCCAAACAGGGUCAAUGCCAGCCCCCUCAGGCUUCCAAAAGCACCAUCCAAAUAUGGUCGAUGCCAACCCCCUCUGGCCCCUGUCUCAGUGGCAUAUAAAAAGCACCUACUACACUCUCUGAAUGGUUGGCGUUAGGAAGGGCACCCAGCUGUAGAAACACUGCCAGGUCAGAUUGGGGCCUGGUGCAGCCACCUGGC